AUGAGUAUCGCCAAAGUUACCAGCUCCGUGACCUAUUCGGGUGCUCCAGACCCCAGACUGUCUAUCGUAAAGGAAAGAAACCUGGCCCAAUUCGACUUGGACCAGAUGAACUACUUCUUGGAGGGCUCCAAAAAGCGCGCUUUGGAGACACGCAAGUUCAUUGGCCAGAUGGAGAGAGAUCCCAUCUUGGCGGCUUCGCCCAAAGACUACGACGCUACCAAGGCAGAACACAGAGAGAUCACCAUCCAGAAGAUCGACCGACUCUCGCGCUAUAUCGAGGUCGAGACGUUCGACGAGUUGGAGCGCCGGUUGUCGAUCGUGUCUGUGUUCGACCCUUCGUUCCACACCCGUUUGGGUGUCCAUUUGGGCUUGUUUCUCGGUUGCAUCCGUGGUAACGGUUCGCCCUCGCAAAUGCAAUACUGGCUCUUGCGUAAGGAGUCUGCCUACGUCAAGAACCUCUAUGGCUGUUUCGGUAUGACCGAGUUGGCCCACGGUUCCAACGUUGCUGGCUUGGAGACCACUGCCACUUUCGACGAAGAAAACGACGAGUUCAUCAUCAACACGCCUCACUUGGGUGCCACCAAGUGGUGGAUCGGUGGUGCUGCCCAUUCUGCCACUCACUGUACUGUCUACGCUAGAUUGAUUGUCAAGGGUAAGGAUUACGGUGUCAAAACUUUCGUCGUACCUUUGAGAGACGCCGACCACAACUUGAUGCCUGGUGUCUCUAUCGGAGACAUUGGUUCCAAGAUGGGCCGUGACGGUAUCGAUAACGGAUGGAUCCAAUUCUCGCAGGUCCGUAUCCCUAGAUUCUUCAUGUUGCAGAAGUACUGUAAGGUCUCUGCUGAUGGUGAUGUCACUGAGCCUCCUUUGAAUCAGUUGUCUUACUCGGCCUUGUUGUUGGGGAGAGUUGUCAUGGUCAAGGAUGCAUUCCGUUGGUCUGCUAGAGUGGUCACCAUUGCCCUUCGGUACGCCGUCGGUCGUCGUCAAUUCCGUGCGGCCUUGGCUAAGGAGUCUGACCCAGAGACCCAAUUGUUGGACUACCCAUUGCACCAACGUAGAUUGAUUCCAUUGCUUGCAUUGACUUAUGCCUUCUCUAAUGGUGCCAAUGUUUUGGCCGAGACUUCGUCCUCGACCAUGGAUACCUUGGACCUGGCCGUCGCCGCCGACGAUAAGGCUUUGUUGGAAGAGGGUGUUGAGAAGAUGAAGUCUCUUUUUGUAGCCUCUGGCUCCUUGAAGUCCACUUGUACCUGGCUUACACUUAACACCAUUGACCAAUGUAGACAGGCAUGUGGUGGUCACGGAUACUCCUCUUACGCUGGUUUCGGAAAGGCUUUCAACGACUUCGCAGUGCAAUGUACUUGGGAGGGAGACAACAACAUCUUGGGUAUGUCUGUUGGUAAGCAACUUCUCAAGAAGUUUGCCGCUGUCAAGAAGGGUGAGGAAGCCACUGGUAUUCUUUCGUUUAUGGCAGAUUACAAGAGGCUCCUUGGAACCAAGCCAGUUCUCGAGAAGGGUGAUUUGAAGCACCCUCGUAAGAUCUUGGCUGCUGUAGAGACGGCGCUCGUUAGAGCCUGCGCUCGUGCCGACGAAGUCUUGGAACUCAAGAAGGGUGACACUGAUUUCAUUGGCGCUGACCUUGUGACAUUGUCCAAGUUGUUGGCUCAUUUCUUCUUGUUGAAGGCCUUCCUCGAUAAGAUUGAGGCCACCAAGGACCAAAAGGACCUUGUUCCUGUUUUGGAUUUGUUGGCUCAGUUGUAUGGAGCUUCCAUCAUUUUGGAGGGAUUCUCUGGUGUCUUCUUGACCUACUCUGUCGCCACCACCGAGGCUAUGGCACACAACUCUACAGAGCACAUUGCUGAGCUCUGUGCCGAGUUGAGACCACAUGUCAUCCCAUUGACUGACUCAUUCAUGAUGUCAGACAUGAUGAUCAAUGCGCCAAUCGGAUACUACGAUGGUGACAUCUAUGAAAACUAUUUCCGCACAGUUACCACCAACAACCCAUCCCGUCAAACAAAGGCUCCAUAUUCUGCCGCAUUGGAGGCCAUGUUGAACAGAAAGAGUCUCGAGGAGAGACAGCGGUUCGAGCGUGAGGACGAGGCAGCCGAGGUUCUCUCGGAGUAA